GUUUGUAGCAUGUAAAAUGGACGGAGUUUAAAAUUGAAACAUGUCGUGGUGUACAGGACAGUUUGAUUACAGUGUCUUUAUUGGAUUUAUUUAAAUAACACGACGAUCGUUUCUUCUGUUGUUUCACUCUAGAAGGUUGAAAACUGAACUGACGACUCGUAGAAUAUUGAAUUAACUAUCCGAUAAAUGGUGAUUGACCUCCUAUGAAAUUGACUGAAAAGCCAUAAAAUAGUAAACAAACAGCUGUGAAAUAAUAAAUAGAAUACUGAAUAAAUGUAUGCAAAAGACUGAAUCAACUUGUGUAAAAUACUGAAUCAACUCAAGUCAAAUACUGAAUCAUCUCAAGUCAAAUACUGAGUGAAAUACUUGAUUAACAGGCAGCUGAAUAUUUAUUUCACUACAAAAAGUGAGUUCACUUCUAUAGAAUAUUAAAUGGAAUACUUUCAGAGAAUACUGAAUUAACUAUACACUGAAUACUGAGUGCAAUUCUGUGGAAUACUAAAUAAAAAUCUGUGAAAUACUGAAUAAAAACGGCAGUAUGUGGAAUAAAAACUAAUUAUUUGUAAUGAAAGUAAAUAUUUGUGAAAUUUAAGCGAGAAAUCUAAUAAAAUAUAUUUAUUACGUGCAUCUACGAACCACAAAGGAACUGUCUGUAAUAACAUAGCGAACUCAACUGUAUGUGAAAUACCAUAAUAUACCUAACUGUAUGUGAAAUACCAUAAUAUAUAUACCGAGCUGUGUAUUAGUAUUGGUAUACGUAAUACCGGAAAUAAAUCUGUGAGAAAUAUGAUCCAACUGUGAAAUACACAACAGAUACGUGAAAUAACAAAGUUUUUAUGUUGUGUAAGAAAGGGGACGAAAUAAACAGAAAAUGUUAUAAUCUUUAGAAAGGGUUUGGUGUGGAAUUUCAGGAGAUUUAUAUAAUACUCAACACUAGUCAUUGAUCCGGUCACAGAUUUUGUACCUAGUUUUCUAACACAAAGGUAGUGCUAAGGAUCUGAAGUUAUCCUGAAGAGAAGAUAAACCAAAUGGUGCCAUAAAUAGAGAUAUAGUAUGAUACCUUAUACUUGCUAAUGGUGGAAGGGGAUCAUCUAGAAUUAGUCACUUGACGAAAACUGCGAUUCUUUGAAGUCAUAUAUAACAUGCUUAUAAAUUUCUAACGGUAAAUUCUGUCAAGUCGCGGCUUUGUCAACGGUGAAUAAAGAAAAACCCUAUUGACGAAAUGUGAAAGCGAUUUAUCAGAGCGUAUACUAAUCAAUAGUGCUGCUCCCUUGACAGUGCAAGGGUCUUGUUUAAAGUGGGUAAUCAAGUAAAACCGUUGUAUUUGUUUAUUGAGAGAGAGGCAUUAAUGUCAACACCACACUUGAUUGGUAGAAUACAAGUACUCAUCAUUAGAAUUCAAUAAACCUGAGCACUUGCUUGGGUCGUUUUAUAAUGUAUGUGUGAAAAUUCAAGCCUGGGAGUUUAUUAUUGAAAAUAAUAUCGGUGUGAAUAGCCUCAAAGAUCGUAUCUAAACGAUAUAUCCCGUUUUGAACUAUUUGAUUUCGUGAAAACAUUCUGAUAAACAUAGCUAUGUAGUUGAUGGAAAAUGUGAUUAAACAUUGGACGACAAUAUUGUGAAUUACUCGAUACUGCUAAAAACAGAUAGACGGAGGAUCGUCAGUAUAUAAAAACAGACUGUUUUACCCCGAUAUACAUAUCAAUGUAGUUAAUGACUCUAUCGUGCAUUACUCGUACUGAUAAACAUAAACUAUUUUAAUAAUUUGAUUCGAAACAUUGAGUGAUUAAUGUGCAAUAGAGUGGACACUGUGAUAUAUUAUAUUUUGAUUUUGUGAAAGAUAUGACCGAAUCCAGGACGACAAUAUUGUGCAUUACUAGGUUCAGCUAUAUAAACACACUGGUUUAAUCAUUUCAUUCGGGACAUUGAGUGAAUAAUGAACAUGAUUGAGUAACAUGUUGGACUAUGUGAUCAGAUUAUCUGGAAAAAUGUUAUUGUGAAUUACUAGGGUGAAGAUAAACGUAUAAAUAUUGGGCGAACAUUGGGCGAAUGAACAUUACGAUAUUAUUAUCACGCGAAAAUUUGAUCAUUUGGAUAUUGUAAGUGGAUAUUGCAUAUAUUGUAACGUGGAUAUUGCAUAUAGUGUAACGUGGAUAUUGCGUAGUGUAACGUGGAUAUUGCAAAGUGUAACGUGGAUAUCUCUUAUGAUAGGAAAUUAUUGAUUUAAGAUUCUGUCUGGGAGAAGACAGAGUAACAAAUUAAUUUUUCUGUUAAUCAAACGAUCGUCUUGCAAAUUAUUUGAAUUUGAACAUUGGAGUUAAGCAUGCCAGCUUUCAUGAAAUAUAAUAGGGGCCAUCAUUAUUUUCGUACUUAGUAUAAUCUAGUGUGUGUAGAAAAAUCGAUUCAGUGUUGUUUUUGUUUAAAAUAAAUUGUGGAUUUGUUGGACACGUUAUGUGGGCGUAUUGUGUAAUUUCACUUCGAUGUGUAGUUUUUUAAAGUGACUGAUUCUGCUCUGAACGCCACAUCAAUCAUGACGGAUCACCAGUAUUAUAAUGGCGGGGGUUACGUCACAAAAUCCAAUACAAUGAACAAAAGUUCCUCUGCUGCCUUAAGCAGAGACAAUAUUCACCAAGCUCCAUACCGACGAAUGGAACCUAAACAUUUGCAGCCCCCGCCACGGCGCGUUGGACCAGGUCAUCGUCAAGACCAACCCGAUCUUAUCAAGGAUUAUAGAGAGGUGAAUAAAAUGUCGGGUGAACAACAUGGUUACCGUCCACACGCUUCCUUAGAUACGACGGAUCACCAUGGUUAUGUAUCUCAGUCUGCUUUAGAUUCGGCUCGGAAGAGUCAAGGAACUAAUACUAAAGCUCCAAAGCGAGAGUUUCAAAUCUACGCAAAUGCUGAUGUUAAAAAGGGAGAGUUCAUCCAUGAUUCUUCAGGUUAUCAACAAAGAAGUUUCAAUGGGACUGCCGGCGUUGAACCCCAAAGAUCAAGAGAAUCAGAACGAACGUCUCAAACUCCUCGUCCACAUUCCCGAGGAUUGGCAAUGAAUGGCUCAACCCUGGAGGUCAUCAAUAUGAACUAUAAUUCUAUUCAGCAACAACUGGAAAGAAAUCUUCUCCCAAAAAAUCGACCAUCCUCCAGGAUGAGGUCUGAAGAAGCUCCAAACCAACCUCUAACUUCUGCAAAUCAUAAAGUUACAGAAAGGUCUACCAUUUCGUCUGGUCGUAAAACACCAUUGGAUCAAAACACAAGAUCAUCAUCGGAAGACUCAAAUCGUCCUGUUACAAGAAUGACGCAAGCUGAAAUUAUACGAAAUCGGAAUUUAGCGGCUGCUGGUCGUAAGACUCCGAUUGAACCUCCACAUCUUAGGAAACACACAUCCGAAGAUUCUUCGAACAGACCGACAGGCUACCAACAGUUUACACAAGAUAAAGUAUCCCCAAUAUUGUCGUCAUCCCAUAGAAAUUCUAAUGAAUCUUCAAGACAGUCUGAGGAUACAUCAUCCAGAGGUCGAAUUCCGCCGCAUGAGAGAACGAGUCGCCUCACUAAAGAAAAUUUGGAGCAGCUUCGAAAGCCAAGACAGGAAAGCCGGUCGAUAGAUCAACAAAAUGAUACAGGUGUUAUAUCGCAAGUUAACCCUGGUGUUCGUCAACAGCCAAUGGGUGCUGAAGCUGUUCCUCGCCCGGCUACUAGCAUGGGGUUUGACAGAGCUGCCCCUCGCAGGCCACCAAUAAGCAACGAAGCUAGAAACCUUGCUGUCCGAGAAAAGCUGCAGCAUUUACAACGUAGAAAAUCGGCAGGAACAAGCCCAGAUGUGGGUAAAAGGGAAUUUGCUACAACACCGACGCGAGAUACACAAACAGAGAGUAGAACUCAACGGCACAGACUUAGCUCCAGUGGCCAGGAGAGACGAAAAAGCUACACAACAUCAACACCAGCAAAAGGUCGUAUGCAACCAGAACGACCAUCAUCGCGAGGAUCGAUUUUAUCGAGAUCAACAGAUGACCGUUCAUCUAGAGCCUUAACGGAUUCUACAAACUUUUCUGAUUCUCACAGAACCGCCACUAGGUUAAAAGACGUUGUGGGAAAUAGUAAAGAUGCUGCUGGACUCUCAUUCAAAGAACGAUCACUCAUGCGAUGGCAGGAGAUAGACAAGCUGGUAUGCAAAUCUUCCAAUCAUGGCCCAGAAGAAAUGACCAAUAAUAAUGGUGUAAUUUUACGGACUGACUAUCCAUUCUUCACAGAAUUCUCUAAAAAGAGCCAUUGUAUAUCUAGCUCUUUGGAUUCUCUCAACCAAGAAACGUCGAAACACCUCGCUGAGCAUCAAACAGAUAGUGCAUGGUUAAACGGUGGUGGUACACGUAAACACGCCUUGUUAGCCAUAGGAAAUGAUAACGACUCGGAUUUUCAGGGAACACCCCAACUUUCGUCCCCUGUUGACUUUGAUCCAGAAAACACGAAUUAUCGGUCUAGUUCUAAUGAGGAUUUAGAUUUGGAAGUGCGGAACCUUCUAGGUGAAUCGCCAAAUCAAGUUGAUCCGAUAGAAAUGGCACUUUAUCAGAAGAUGAUUGACGCCAAGAUUCACGAGAAAAUGACACUGCUAAGAGAUCGCAGAUUUGUGUUAGAAAGAAAAGACAAUGAUUUAAAAUUCAAACGUGAAAAAUUGCAGCGUCGGAUGCAGCAAAUGUUAUCAAAAACGACAGCAGUGUUAAAUAAAUCAAUCGAGUUGGAUAAGUCCCGCUCUCUGAAGGAAAUGGAAUUCCAGGAGCAGACGAAAUCCGUGGGUAACCCGGAAGAACUGUCUGUUAUUCACGCGCUGUCAUCUACAAUCCGUCCUGAUACCAGGUCAUUAAAUACUGGUAAUCGUGCCCACAACUCUAGACCACAGCACACCAUGGAGAGAAAACCUCGACACCAAGGUUAUAGAUCUGAACCACCAGUGUAUGGUGGUGCACAGUCUUCCAGUCAUCAUGAAAAGGAAGAAUAUGUGUAGUUCUACAUCGGUUCUUACAAAAAGGACUCGAUUGUCAACUGUUAAGUGAAUUCAUUACGGUUAAGAAGUAAUGUAGACUAUGGCGUGUUUAUCGUUUAAUAUCACUGGCACGAGAAUAGUGACUCAGUUAUCCAGUGAUAUGCAUGAGCCAAAUGUUACUCCGUUAUCAAGUGAUGUUUUUCUUUUUCAGUUCAACAUAUAUCGAGGCACCCACGCAUUUCAAACACUUUAUCGUUCGAUCGUUCUUUCAUUGGUUCGUUGGGGCUUAACGCCCGCUUCCACUUCGUCCAGAUUUUUAUGGUAAGGACUAGGAAACAGCCAUAAGUUGGAACUGACCAAUCAAUCACAAUUGACUAUGAAUAGAAGGAAGGCUUUGUCAUCAUAGAACAAAAUGAGAGGCCUUAACUGUUGUCCAAGUUGGAAUGUUGGUACAAUAUAUCUAACCCCCAUCUUCAUUAGCACCGAUGGAUAAGAAUGUAGGACGUUAAACACCAUUUCAUUUCAUUUUUCCAACACAUGGCGCUACUAUUUGACAAAUUCGUAAAUCACGUGUUUAAAGACAAGAGCACGUAACUCCAAGUAAUCAAAACGGAAAUAGAUAAUUAGUGGAUUGCUAUAGAUAUUCAUAUUCUCUAGGACUAAUAAGGCACGGUGUGAGAUGUAUGUGCUAGAUAAAUGAUGUUAGAUGUAUUCGAAGUGGAGACAAUUUAGGCUGGUGCAAGGGAGACAACAACAACAACAAAGCGUGAACUAUAGCUUCUCUAAAUACAUACAUAAAUAAGACACGGUGUGAGAUGUAUGUGCUAGAUAAAUGAUGUUAGAUGUAUUCGAAGUGGAGACAAUUUAGGCUGGUGCAAGGGAGACAACAACAACAAAGCGUGAACUAUAGCUUAUCUAAAUACACACUGUUUAACCGGCAUUUAGUAAUUGAACAUAUUAAAUUAAACACGCGAGUUUUCAUCGGAGCUACACUUCUUCAACGAUUCUCUUGUCGUUUUUAAGCACAAUACUGAUACAGUCACAGGGAAUGAAAUAUAUGCUACGUACAAUCAAAACAUAAGUGAAAACACUUUAUUAAAUACACCCUAAUACAUUAAUUUCGAACAAUUGAAAUAACACAUUUAAUCUGUUUUCUUUAUGGUUGCUUCCACAUGAUGUGAUUGAGAUGAGUGUAUCCGCAUUUUUGUUUAGCCAAAUCACGAUUACAGUCAUGGAUCACUCGGGCGAUGCUAUCAAGUAGGCUUGCCAUGCAAUUUAGCUGACGUCAAUUGCAGAAUUAAACCGUAUUUUACCAGAUUGAGUUACGACUAAUGAACUAUCAAGUGUGAUAAAUAAUGACGUAUUUAAUAAAUAUACAUUAGUGGUUUAUCUGUAAAAUGAACUUUUUCUAUGUGAAAUCUUUCACCAUAGCAACCGUAAUGCAUUUACAUUGUACUUCCUGACGUCAAGUGUGAUAAAUAAUGACGUAUUUAAUAAAUAUACAUUAGUGGUUUAUCUGUAAAAUGAACCUUUUUCUAUGUGAAAUCUUUCACCAUAGCAACCGUAAUGCAUUUACAUUGUACUUCCUGACGUCAUGGUGGACAAUCCACAUCCGGUUGAGAAUUGUUUGUUCCGGCAGAUGAUUAGUUGAUUAGUUAUAUUAUUUUAGUGGUUUAUAUACGAAAUGAACUUGUUUAUAUUAAAUCUUUCACCAUAGGAACAGUAAUGUAAUAACAUUCAUCGUCCUGUCGUAAUGGUUGACAAUCAGGCGGAGAUACAAAUCUAAAUAUCGCUGCAAAUGCAUGUAUCCGUGGUCCCAAAAAGAACUAUAUUAAACGAAAUUCGAACAUAAAAUAAAUCACAUUAUUGCUUAUUCUGUAGAAGUAACUUAAAAUAUAAUUCAGUGCUUACUAUAUCUAUUUGAUUCUGAUCACCAUUCAUUAGCUUAGAAGUAACCUAACGUGGCCAUCCUUUAUUAGCCUAGACGUAACGUAACGUAGUCUGGUCAUUUAAUAUUCGCCUAGAGGUAACGUAACGUGGUCAUCUAAUAUUAGCAUAGACGUAACGUGGUCAGCUAGUAGAGACUUUUGGCAAGCGUAAAUUUCUGGUCCGUAUCGCGUAUCCGUAUGGAUUUUGCGUAUGACGUCAUCGAUGUGUGUAUAUUUCUCAUACGUGAUACGACACACGGAUACGGCAGCACGUAUCGAACAGCUUUUAUACGGAAAGGUCCGUAUAACAUUGUCGUGUCCUUUUACCGUCUUUUUUGCUACUUUUAGACGCUGAAAUGUUGUAUCGUAGUGUUUUUAUGAAUCUUUGUGUAUUCUAGAACAUGAAGGUGUAUAUUUGAUGUGAUUUUAACCAUGAUGGUUGAACUACGUGCUAAAUUUAGGGAGGCGGAACCUUGUAAAUCUGUAAAUGAUUUUAUUCUGUGGUAAAGGGGGAUAAACUUUCUGAAAUGUUACAUUAGUGAAACCAAAAAUUGCAGUCGAGUCGAAGUCGAAGAUUUUAAAUAAGAUUCGACAUUAAUUUUUUUUAAUAGCUCGGCUCUAAUAGGCACUUGACUAGUACUGAUGGUGAUCUUGUAGAUAUCUGCCAUCAUGCUGUAAUAGAACUAAGCUCAGCUGAUCGACGCACACGUACGCGACACGAAAAUCUGCCAAAACUCUUAAACUACAAUGACGCAACGUAUCACGUAUACGAUACGGAUACGUGAUACGGAUGGGACAAUUCCGCUUGCCAAAAGUCUUUAGUAUUAGCCCAGACGUAACAUAAUGUCAUAUAUUAUUAGCAUUAAAAUACAGAUGUGACGUCAGCCUUUAAUGUUGGCGUACCAUUAUUUCAAAUAAUCGUACGGGCAACUUGCCAAUCCUACAUUAUUUAUACUAUUGAAAUAUUAGACUCGCGUUACGUAUUUCACUGUAAAAGCACGUGCGGAGUGUCUGGAUUUUAAGUUGUUUAAUGGUCUCGAGCUUAAGACAUUGCCUGUUACAAUAUAUUACUUAAUGUCUCGCUCUCGACCAUUAAACAAUACAUACGUAAGGUAAUGUCAUCUAACAUUACCCUAGACGUAACGUAACGUGGUCAUUUAUUAUUAGCCUAGAUGUAACGUAAAACAACAAUCGUUGUUUACUAUGUGUAUCUGAUUAUGUUCAUCUAAUGUUAGUCCCUUAUUGUUGAUCAAUCAAAAUAAUAUCAAUAAUCCAUUUGUUUUAUUCCGUCCAGAUGUAUAUGUCUCUGUAUUUCCAUUCAUUCAAUGUGUUUUUGUGAAUUGAUGAAUUGUUGAUAAUAGGAAAAUAAAUGAUACAAUAUUUA